UUAGUAUUCAUCCUGUAUCUUAAGUGGUCUCGGAACUGACAGUAUUAUUCCCCUUUUGAAAUAUUUCUUAAGUAACUUACAUUCAGUCCCGAAAAAGACAUGUUGAAAUCCGUUUUGCUUUUGUUACUUGUUGCUUACCUUGUAAAGCCAGCAGAUCUUGGUGAUUCUGACUGGUCUUCACAUUCAAAUAGUAAAGAAGAUUACAAUUCAGAUGAAGAUUUAAACAGUGAAGAAGACUCCAGUUCAGAUGAAGAUGAUGAUGAUUCAAGCUCAAACAGUGAAGAAGACUGCAGUUCAGAUGAAGAUGGAGAUGAAGAUUCAAGCUCAAAUAGUGAAGAAGACUCCGAUUCAUCUUCUACUUCAAGCAGUAAAGAAAACCAUGGUGGUAAACAAGAAAAAUCAGUAGUGUGCUACUUCACAAACUGGGCUUGGUAUCGAAGUGGUAUAGCGAAGUUUAGACCAGAAAAUAUAACUGCCUCCCUAUGUACUCACAUCAUAUACGCUUUUGCUUCCCUGGAUGAGACAACUCUGACCAUAGUUCCAUCUGACUCUUGGGCAGAUAUUGACAAUAAAUUCUUUGAAUUGGUAACUGCACUCAAAGAGUAUGGACUGACAGUACUGAUCGGUAUUGGAGGAUGGAACAACUCGGCAGGCAACAGGUGGAGUAGACUUCUCAGUAACUCCACAGCACGAACAGCUUUUGUUGCAUCUGUCAUCACUUUCAUGAAGAAGUACAACUUUGAUGGUCUGGACAUGGAUUAUGAGUAUCCUGGUUGCCCUCAGGGCAAUAGAACAGCGGGUCUCCCGACUGACUCAGAAAACUUCAACUGCCUUAUGUCUGAAUUGAAAACUGCCUUUGAAGAGAAAUAUUUGCUCACAGCUGCUACUGCUGGUGGCAAAAAACUUAUCGAUGAGUGUUAUAACAUGAAAGAACUAUGUCAGAUUGUUGACUGGGUGAACGUGAUGGCAUAUGAAUACCACAGUUCCGCAGAUGGGGAGACAGGAGCCAACGCUCCUACUUGUGGUACCAAUUCUUCUUGGGGUGCGGUCGAAACUAUCAAGUAUUACAUCAAUGAGCUGGAAUGCCCUCCUGACAAGAUUGUGUUGGGGAUACCGUUCUAUGGUCAGACCUUCACAAUGGUUGACACUUCCCCAGCACAGUUUGGCGUACCGGUUUCUGGCCCUGGCACAGCAGGCACUUACACCAGCAAUGCAGGCACUCUCGCAUACUAUGAGAUUUGCCUGCUGAUAAAAAGCGGUUACAACUAUGGCUACAGUCCAAUAAAUGACAGUUACGCAUGGAGUGGCAAUCAGUUCAUCAGUUAUGAUAGCCCAACGGACAUAAUCAGAAAGUCUUGCCUUAUAAAUAAGUGGUUUAAUCUAAAAGGAGCUAUGUUUUGGACUUUGGACUACGAUGACUUCAGUGAUGCUUGUGGAUGUGGAAGCUACCCCUUGUUGACUACUCUGAACCAAGAGCUGAGAUGUCUAAAUUCCUCAAGAAUCCAAUGUUACUACCCAAGCCAAUCUACAUCCCUGGAUGACAUCCCUCAUACUUUGACGAGUAGGCCUACCCAAGACCAAGAUGAAGAUGUUUUUGAGCCAACAUCAGAAAGUUUCCAAGAUAAAUCUACCAGCGAGAUCGAGACUGAUGCAAUUACUCUACCACUACUAGAAGUCACAGACUCUGAACUAGAAACACAAAGAUCAAACCAAGAACUGGAAGAACAGGAACCUGACAAUUUUGGAACAAGUGAUGUAGAUGAACCAGACUCGGAUAUUUCAUCUAAUGAAGAUCACAGUGAUCCAGCUUCAUAUGCUAACCUCAAGCUCUCUCCUGAAGACAUAAAUGUGGCUCUAAAUUUGGAAAAUCAAGACUUAUCAUCAAUAGAAUUUCCUUCAACGAGUGGAAGAAAAUUUAAUCCUCUGUGGAAAAAUUACUCUCUCUACAACCAGCUAAAUGACAGAUUUCCAGAAAGUUCUCUGGCUAUGGUGUCGCAGAUGGGAUAUUUUUCUCAUGAUGGAAUUUUGAAGAUGGUAGAUGAUAAGAAAAAAGGCCUAAAAUGUAAUCCAUCUUCAAUUGAGAAUCUUUGUGAAUACUACAAUCUAGACAAGGAAUUAAUUGUAGAUGAACUAGACAUCUUCAUUGAUGUUUAUAAAGCUACUCACUUGGACAUAGAUAUUUCUGAUGUCAUGUCUGAGAAGAAGAAAUCAGAGAGAACCAGUACUGCUAACCCCGAGGAUAGUUUAAGUUCUGACCAUGAUGAAGAUGAAGAACAGGAGGACGUUACAGUGACUGACAAGUUCAAGAAAAAGAAAAAUGUUGACGACUGGGUGAAAAGAGGAUUUAUUAGACCAUACAGGUGCCUAUUGAAUCUAUCAGGAUUCCCUCAUCUCACGGGUAAUGAGGAAAAAGCAGUAAUGUGUUACUUUACAAACUGGGCUGGUUAUCGAACUGGCCAUGCAAACUUUUCACCAGCGAAUAUCGACCCAUCUCUCUGUACUCACAUCUUGUACGCUUUUGCAACCUUGGAUGAUGCAACUCUAACAAUUGUUCCAUUUGACAGUAACGCUGACUUUACAAAAGGAUUCUAUGCGUCAGUGACAGCAUUAAAAAAGAAAGGACUGAAAAUCCUGUUAUCUAUCGGAGGUUGGGUUAGCUCUGAGGACGAAAAGUGGAGAAGACUUAUCCGCAAUGUGCAUGCACAUUCAAACUUUAUUACUUCAGUUGUCAAGUUCCUCAAAAAGUACAACUUUGAUGGUCUUGAUAUGGAUUACGAGUACCCUGGAUGUCCUCAGGGUAACAGAUUAGCAAGUUGGACUACCGAUUCAAAAAGUUUCAACAAGCUAAUGUCUAGCCUGAGAAGAGCCCUUGGAAACAAAUAUUUGCUUACAGUUGCUGCUGCUGCGGGAAAAUCAAACAUCAAAGAAUGUUAUCACAUGACAGAACUAUGUCAGUUAGUCGACUGGGUAAAUGUGAUGACCUAUGAUUACCACAGUUACGCUGACGGUGUGACAGGAGCCAACGCACCAUAUGGCUCUUCUACAGGAGUGGUGGACAGUAUAAUGUACUACCUUAAUGAAUUGAAGUGUCCAUCUAACAAAAUCGUGUUGGGGAUACCUUUCCAUGGGCGGACAUAUACCAUGACCAACCCUGGCCGACCACAGUUUGGUGUACCAGUCUCUGGACCAGGCACGCCUGGCACUUACACCAGGGAAAGUGGCUUACUGGCUUAUCAUGAGAUUUGCUUGCUGAUGAAAAGUGGUUACAGUUCAGGAAUUGAUGAAGUCAAUGGCAGUUACGCAUGGAAGGAUGCCCAAUUCAUCAGCUACGAUGGUCCAUCAGACUUAGCCAAGAAAUCUUCUUUCAUCAUUUCCAAGAAUCUGAAAGGAGCAAUGGUCUGGGCUUUGGACCUGGAUGACUUCAACAACGUGUGUGGAUGUGGAAAUUUCCCUUUACUAACCACAUUGAACCAGCAGCUGAGAUGUCUUAAGUCGCAAAAAGUUCAAUGUUACUAGAGUUACUAUCAUGAACAAUAUCAGAGAAUGUUACAGCCACCUCAAUCAA